AUGCUCAGAGGAUUAAGAGGCGAAGACGAGUUUUGGCCGAACAUGGUGACUGUUUUUCAACCCGUUCAUCACUCUUUUUUUCUCUCUUCCCUUUUGUUGUUUUUUUUUUUUUCCAGAAGUACAGGGUUGACAUGCCUGGCUCCAACAGUGCCUUCAUCCCUACAAUCAAUGCAAUCACAACCAGCCAAGACCUGCAGUGGAUGGUGCAGCCGACCGUCAUCACCUCCAUGUCCAACCCGUACUCCCGCUCCCACCCGUAUGGACAUCACCUGACCAACGGGCCGAGCCUGCUGCCGCACAACACACUGGCCCGGCCCGGGGUCAUCCGCUCCACCGGCGACCUCAGACGGCGCAAGAGGGAGGAACAGCUGACCCCGGAGGAAGAGGAGAAGCGGAGGGUGAGACGGGAGAGGAACAAGCUGGCCGCAGCCAAAUGUAGAAACCGCAGGCGGGAGCUGACGGAGAUGCUGCAGGGGGAGACCGAGAAGCUGGAGGAGGAGAAGGCCGACCUGCAGAAGGAGAUCGAGAGCCUGCAGAAGGAGAAAGACAAGCUAGAGUUCAUGCUGGUCGCCCACAACCCCGUGUGCAAGCUGCCCGUCGACGAGCGCCAUCAGCAGUCCAGCCACCACCAGCAGCAGCAGCAGCAGUGCAACCCGCUGCAGCUCACCAUGCGCCCCAGCCUGAAUCCGCGUGCACAGAUGAACCAGGUGGUGGUGAAGCAGGAGCCCGAGGACAUAGAGGAGGAGGUGGGCAAGCCCCAGCGCUCCGUCAUCAAGCCCAUCUGCCUGGGAGGCGGCGGCAUCAGCGGCGGGAUGUACUGCCCGGACGGAGACAGCCUCAAUACGCCGGUGGUGGUGGCGUCCACCCCAGCAGCCACGCCAAACGCCCAAAACCUCAUAUUCACCUAUCCCAACAUGAUGGAGCCCGAGAGCCCCUCGCCCUCUUCCGAGUCCUGCUCCAAAGCCCACCGGCGCAGCAGCAGCAGCGGCGACCAAUCCUCCGACUCCCUCAACUCACCCACGCUCCUGGCGCUCUGAGUCAGCCAGGGCGGGGCGCCGAGGCCCAGCUGGGAAACAAACACUGUGGUUGAAAACAACGAGGACAGACUGCCCCUCCAUCCCGAGACCCUCUGGCUCUCGCUAAAGCACAUUGAAAAAGUCCAGACCAAGCUGACCGUGUGAGUCGGCUCCCCCUCCUGAUGGGAGGCAAGGGAGGUUGGAGAGGGGGAGACCCGUAAGGGCUACGCCGCGUUUCUUCUUCUUCUUCUUCUUCUUCUUCUUCUUCUUCUUCUUCUUCUUCUUCUUCUUCUUCUUCUUCUUCUUCUUCUUCUUCUUCUCCUCCUUCAGCCUGAACGUUUUUGUAUCCAUCAACGUGUGUGCAAUCAUCCGCCAUCCCUUCAGCAUUUCAACUGCAGAGUGUUGAUUUGUUUACUGACAUUUACGACAAAAAAAAGAAGAAAAAAACACAACCAUCCAGAGAGCGACUUGUUAAUAUAUUUUUCUGAAAACACCUAAAAAGCCAUGCGGUCGACGCUUGCACUCUGCCGAUCAAUCUGUAACAAAUCACCAAGCGAGGUCAGCAUUCUGCUGGGAUUUCUGCAGAGGCCAAGACUCUCAUUUUAUUUUAUUUUAUUUUUUCCUCUCAGACUCUUAUGACUCAAUUCAGGACAGAGUGCACACUUUCUCAUGUUAUUUCCAUCUCUCUCUGUGUAUUUAUGACCUGUGCUGGUGGAAUUUUCUUGUCCUCUCCUUUAAAUCUGCAAGGUGACCUGAGGGUGACCUCCUCAGCAUUACAGAGAAUUUGAGCCAUCCAGCUCCUCAAUAAAUAUUUUCUCUUUGUUUUGCCAUAGUGGCUUGAAUUUGCAGUAGUAUUGUGUGCUUUUUUUUUUUCUUCCUUGGUGAUUCUGUACCUGAACCCUGUUUUUUUUUUUUGUUUGUUUGUUUGUUUGUUUGUUUUUUGGACAAAGUGUAUGUGAUUUACAUUGAUGUCAGGGAUUAUCUCUCAUGUGUUUUAGUAGAACCCCCGUCGUUCGUGACGAGUGACUGUGGCAGAGGUGGUACUUUCAAAAAAGAAAAAAAAAAAAAAAGGUUUCAUUUAAUUGUUGUGAGUCGUCUUUUGCUCCGACAUUAAAAAAAAA